UGAGCGCUGCUGCUCGGGAGGCUGAAGAGGAACAUCUCCAGGAGAACACAGGAACCCUCAUCGGAGGGCGGGAUCACGGAGCUUACCGGGCUAGCCGAUAGCCGUUAGCAGCAGCAGUCCGUUUAAACGCGCUGUUUUGUCAGAGUCCGAAUCAUGGCGGUCCAGGUGUCCGAGUCCGACCAGAUCAAACAGUUUAAGGAGUUUCUGGGGACGUACAACAAGGUGACGGAGAACUGCUUCAUGGACUGCGUCCGAGACUUCACCACGAGAGACGUGAAGCCCGAGGAGUCGAGCUGCUCCGAGUCGUGCCUGCAGAAGUAUCUGAAGAUGACUCAGAGGAUCUCCAUGCGUUUCCAGGAGUAUCACAUCCAGCAGAACGAGGCUCUGGCGGCUAAAGCUGGCCUGCUGGGACAGCCGCGCUGACCCUGAACCUGUGCCGGGCUGUGCUGGUCCUGGUCCAGCAGAUCCUCCGGCGCUGUAAAAACAGACUCUGAAGCUGCGCAUGAGGACGUUUUGUUACAGUUUCUGACCGGAAGCUCCGCCCCCUCAGAGUCUGUCUGCAGGGUGAAGGAAUCAGUCGGCUGUUCUGUGCAUCAUGGGAAAUGUAGUUUCAGAUUCUUUAUUAA